AUGAGCGGGAGGGCCCCGCGGGGGUCCCCGCUGCGGCCCCGCCCCCCCCGGCGGGGCCCGCGGGCCGGGGGCGGCGCGGGGGGGGCGCGGGGGGCGCCGGUGCCCCCGGGGAAGCUGCAGCUCCUCGAGCGCUUCUUCACCCCCCCGGGACCCCCCCCGGGCACCCCCCCGUCCUCCCCCUCCGCCUCCCCCGCCUCCUGCUCCUCCUCCUCCUCCUCCUCCUCCUCCUCCGGGGGGGGCGAGGGGCGCUGCGGGGCCCCCCCCCGCCCCGCCGACCCCCGCGGGGACCCCCCGGGCCCCGGGGACCCCCCCGCGGGGCGGGGGUCGCGGCUGCGGGGGCUGAGCCGGAGCCACGAGGGGCUGUGCCCCGGGGACCCCCCCGCGGGGACCCCCGGGGACCCCCGCGACCCCCUCGGGGACGUCCCGGGCCCCCCCCGGGCCGCCCCCGGGACCCCCGGGCCCCGGCGGAGGCGGGGGCGGCGCGGGGACCCCCCCGGCCCGCUCGGGGGGUCGCGGCUGCGGGGGCGGGGGCUGAGCCGGAGCCACGAGGGGCUGAGCCCGCGGGACCCCCCCCCGGCGCCCCCCGCCCGCCGCGCCCCGCUCGGCGGCGCCGCGGGGACCCCCGAGGAGGCGCGGGGCGGGCGGGGGGCGCGGGGGGGCUCCCCCCGGCGCUGGCGCUCGCUGGAGGCGCUGGGGGGGCCGCGGGGGGGGCCCCGCUUCUCGCGGUUCCUGGACGAGCUGACCCGCAGCGUGCUGAGCCCCGCGCAGCUGCGGGCGCUGGGCUGGCACCGGGACCCCCCCCGCGACCCCCGGGGCCGGCCGAGCUCGGGGGGCCCCCCCGGGAUGGAGGAGGAGGAGGAGGAGGAGGAGGAGGAGGAGGAGUUGGAAGAGGACGGGGCACAGGAGCCGGGAGCGGCCGCCGGAGCGAGGGGAUCCCCCCCGUCGCGGGCAGAGCUGGACGCGCUGCGGGAGCGGAUGGACAGGCUCCAGGAGGAUUUCUCGCGCUCCCAGCGCCUCUCGCUGCUGCUGGAGGAGCGGCUGCGGGGGCUGGCGCAGGCCGUGGCGCUGGAAAGGGCCGCCCGGAGCCGCCGCGUGGCCGAGGCGCUGCAGAGGGUCCUGGGGACCCCCCCGGGGCCGGGGACCCCCCCGAGGGACACGGUGGCCGCGUGGGGCGGGGCCGAGGAAGAGGAUGAGGAGGGGGGGGAGGGGCCGCUGCUGCCCCCCCCCGCCUUCAGGGACCCCCCGGGGGGGGCGGGGCCCUGAGCGCCCCCAAAGCCCCCCCGCCCAUCCCCCACCCCUCAAUAAAGGAUUGAGAC